AUGGAGCGCCCCGGCUUCAUUGAGACCCCCGGACGUCGAGUUACCCGCAGCAGCGCUUUGGCACCAGAGACAAACACAGACGAUACAUCAGACCCAGCUGCCGAUGUCACGAGAAGAUCCAAGUCCAUGUCUCGGAGACGCACCUCCGGAAAGGUUACGUCUGAGAACAUUUCAGAGGAGAAAGCGAAGACAAUUGCGACUAAUGGACACACUAAUUCUACCGAAAAGAAGUCUCGAGUCGUCGACGGUUGGGAAGAGGGCAAGGAUCCCAAAAUUGAUUAUAGUGGACACUUUGAAUUUGGCGGCUCCUGGGGUGUCUUGUCUAUGAUGAUUGGGUUUCCACUGCUGAUGUACUACAUGUGGAUUGGUGCCGUAUAUUACGAUGGCAAGUUCCCUCGUGCCUCGAACGGACAGAACACGUUGGACUUCAUCGCACACUUGGCGAACUUGGUCUAUGAGGGUGCUUUCCCCUCUGUCAAAGCUUGGACUAUCUACUGGGUAUUCUUCCUCUUCGAGGGUGCCUGUUACUUGCUCCUCCCCGGAAUCACAGUCAUGGGUCGUCCGCUACCGCACCUCGGAGGAAAGCAACUGCCAUAUUAUUGCUCUGCCGUGUGGUCCUUCUACACUAGUAUCUUGCUAGCUCUGGCGCUUCAUUUCACAGGUAUCUUUAAGCUGUAUACUAUCAUCGACGAGUUUGGCUCGUUGAUGAGUGUCGCCAUCCUCUCUGGAUUCCUAGUGUCUUUCAUUGCCUAUUUCUCAGCCUUGAAACGUGGAGCUCAGCACCGCAUGACCGGCUACCCCAUCUAUGACUUCUUCAUGGGCGCUGAACUUAACCCUCGGAUGUUCGGAAUCUUGGAUUUCAAGAUGUUCUUCGAAGUCCGCCUCCCGUGGUAUAUCCUCCUUUUUGUCACCAUGGGUGCUGCGGCGAGACAAUACGAAGUCUACGGCUAUGUCUCUGGAGAAGUAGGAUUUCUUCUGAUGGCGCAUUUCCUCUACGCAAAUGCUUGCUCUAAGGGCGAAGAGUGCAUAGUUUCUACCUGGGACAUGUACUAUGAGAAGUGGGGCUUCAUGCUGAUUUUCUGGAAUCUUGCUGGCGUACCAUUGAGCUACUGUCACUGCACGAUCUACCUUGCCAACCAUGACCCGGCGACCUAUCACUGGAACCGCUACUUCCUGUCGUUCCUGUACAUUGCAUAUCUAUUCGUAUACUGGGUUUGGGACACUACCAACAGCCAGAAGAACCGCUUCCGUCAGCAGGAGCGCGGAACUAUGGUCUUCCGGAACACUUUCCCUCAGCUUCCAUGGCAAACAGUGGAAAACCCCAAGACCAUCACAGCUGAAGAUGGUUCUGUGAUUUUAGUUGACGGCUGGUACGGCAAGGCUCGUAAGAUCCACUACACCUGCGAUCUUUACUUUGCGUUAAACUGGGGCCUUAUCACUGGCUUUAAUAGCCCAUUUCCUUGGUUUUAUCCCGUCUUCUUUGCAUGCAUGAUUUCCCACCGUGCUUUGCGAGAUAUCCAGCGCUGCCGCAACAAAUACGGUGAAGCAUGGUUAGAGUAUGAAAGACAGGUCCCUUACCUGUUUAUUCCUAAUAUGCAGACUAACUUGCCAUAUAGCAUCUACGUAUUCCAUCCGACUAUCCCUGGGUAUCCAAAAGCCCGAUUCCCUGGGGUAGUGGUAUUCAGUGAGAUAUAUCAAGUAACCGGACCUGUUUCACGAUUUGCAAGACAAAUCGCUGGCCAAGGAUAUAUCUGCGUUGCUCCCUCUAGCUAUCAUGAAUUCACCGGUCCGGAGCCAUUGGAAUACAAUGCCAAUGAUACGGAUAGAGGAAAUGAGUGGAAAAUCAGCAAGAAGCUAACUGCCUACGAUGAGGACGCAUCAUUGUGCGUCGACUAUCUCUUGUCACUGCCCACGUGCAAUGGCCAUGUAGGUGCAACGGGUAUGUGCCUUGGUGGCCAUCUUGCAUACCGCUGCGCGUUGGACAGCCGAGUAAAGGCAGCUGUAUGCUUCUUUGCAACAGACAUUCAUAGCAAGACUCUUGCUGCUGGCAAGAGCGAUGAUAGCUUAGCUAGAGCUGGGGAUAUCAAAGGAGAACUGAUCAUGAUAUUUGGGAAGAACGAUAACCAUGUCCCACCAGAAGGAAGAGAUCUGAUUCGCAAGACCCUCCAUGACAAGGGUGUCUUGUUUAGCUUUUACGAGGUGGCUUGGGCUCAGCACGCAUUUAUUCGCGAUGAACUCAGCAAGGGACGAUAUGACCCCGCAAUUACCAAGGUCUGCUUUGAGAUGCUGCUCGAGCUGUUCGGGCGGACCUUGAAACUGGAUCUGGGGGAACACGAUGGCAAGGAGUUAGAGAUUGAGGAUGUAUGUUAA